AGGAAAGUCCAGUUCGCUUGCUUGCGACUUUGCUUGGCCUCACGUAAAACAGUAAACAGAAACUCUCGAAACCUUAAAACCAAAAAGGGGCUCAAAACUUCUAUUAACUCUUGAGGCUUUCUUGCCGGGAAGCGGGUGUUUUUUUGUUUUUAUUUAAAAAAAAAGUUAGCAGCAGGUGUAAAAAUAUGUAAAAAGCUUAAUUUCACGCAGUUAUAAACUCUCCUGUUCAAUAACUUUCUCAAAGGCUUCAUCUUUUUAUUAUCGUGCUACACUCCAAUAUCAUUAAUAACCUGGAUGCAAGAAUAAAAUAAAUGUAUUUUAAUUCGAAUAACAGCGACCUUUUUCCGUUAAUGUUUAGAUCAAAAACCUGUUCAAAGUUUAAACUAUUGUUUUUCAAAUUUUAUGUUUUGGUCUUAAAGGGAAUGUUUUGGAAUUCUUAAUUACGUAGCACAUGUCUUUAAAUGGAACUAGUAAAUUGUUGAUUGCCAAUGUUUGGUAGGAGCCGUGAGUCAUUAACCACUUCCCUUUGGGCUGUGUAAUGUCGCUUGUGCUAUGCCGGUCAAGAUUGACCUUAGGGAUGAGAAUGGGGGUGACCUCAAUUGCCUAGUGCAAACAGUAUGUUUGCUAGAGCAAGAUCCGUGAGCCGAUCGGUGUUGUCGGAUGCCUUGACUCAGAUUCUUAUCUUGUGCGGGACGCUCUUCGCCAUCGCGAAUGGUUUGAUCCCUACGCUUGCGGUCCUAAUAUACAGUAAUCUGGCCGAUGAAUUCCUUCAGCCCAACGCGACACUUGACUGUACUGCAGACCAGACCAUCCAGUUGCAGGUGCCGCUUGGGUCUUCUGCGAACUACAUUCUCUUACUAGACCUGACCUCGAAAGAGGUUCUGAAGGCGAUGGUGGGUGGUAUUGCACUUGGGUUUCAAGUCAUUAAUCAGAGUGUCGUGUUUUUAGGGAAUGGACAGGAGUUAUUAAUGGCCGAGAAACUUCUAAAAUCUGCUGAUAAAAGUCAAAAACUGCUUGAUGGGAAUAACCCAGGGACAUUUUUGAAGGAGACGAAACCAGCAAUUACUAAACCUGUGCGAUAUAAAAACGAUGCUUUAUUAAUUGAGAUCGAAGAUAUCGAAAUAAGUCCACAUCAGGGUGAUAUUACCGGAAGUGCUUUUAAUCAUAAGAAAUCGAUGGAAGAUGAAGCGAAAACGGGGCAACAGAUCGCUCAGUUGAGAGGAGACUGGGGAAGAGUGUGGUGGAGUGACAGACUUGUCAAACAUCUCGCAAGGGAUGGGCGGGGGCAAAAAGUCGACCAAGAACACAGGUCCUGGAUAGAGGGGCAAGUACUAAGGUCCCGGAUUAAGGGCCGAGUACCAAGAUCCCGGAUACAGGGGCAAGUACUAAGGUCCCGGAUACAGGACCUAGUACCAAGAUCCCGGAUACCGGGCCGAGCACCAAGGUCCCGGAUACAGAGCCAAGUUCCACGGUCCCGGAUGCAGGGCAAAGUACCAAGGUCCCGGAUACAGGGCCAAGUACCAAGGUCCCGGAUGCAGGGCCAAGUACCAAGGUCCCGGAUAGAGGGCCAAGUACCAAGGUCCCGGAUACAGGGCCGAGCACCAAGGUCCCGGAUACAGGGCCAAGUUCCACGGUCCCGGAUGCAGGGCAAAGUCCCAAGGUCCCGGAUACAGGGCCAAGUACCAAGGUCCCGGAUGCAGGGCCAAGUACCAAGGUCCCGGAUAGAGGGCCAACAAGUUGAUCGCGAGCCAAAUGCGUCGGUUGAAACAUAUGCUUCUCGCAAAGUGGAUGCGAGUUCGGUGGUGCGAGUUGGACAUAGUAUGCGCAUGAAUAUCUUGUUACAAAGCGUUGUUUGGAGAGAUAUCAUGACCGACGACUCGGCGAAGAUAUCAGUUACCAAACUUGUGUCUUCCUCACAUAUAAAGAGCGCUUCAAUUCCACACUCAAGUGCUCAUGAUUUUAUUAAAUCGAUUAGCAUUUUGAAAGGAAAGGUAGCUGACAAAGUGACUACGGCCCUGAAUGCUUCCACUGACCAUACUUUAGCUACAAACACACUAAAUUCAAGUAUUCAUGUCACGCAACCGAAGGUCACAUAUGCAGGUAACGCAACAGAAUCUAAUGUUACAAGUCACAAUGUCACGCAUCUGAACAUCACGGAUACGAGUAACGCAACCCAAGCUAAUGUUACAAAUUACAAUGUCACGCAUCUGAACAUCACGGAUACGAGUAACGCAAUCCAAGCUAAUGUCACAAAUCACAAUGUCACGCAUCUGAACAUCACGGAUACGAGUAACGCAACCCAAGCUAAUGUUACAAAUCACAAUGUCAAGCAACCGAACAUCACCGAAGCGGGUAACGCAACUCAAGCUAAUGUUACAAAUCACAAUGUCACGCAUCUGAACAUCACGGAUACGAGUAACGCAACCCAAGCUAAUGUUAAAAAUCCCAAUGUCAAGCAACCGAACAUCACCGAUGCGGGUAACGCAACUCAAGCUAAUGUUACAAGUCUUAAUGUCACGCAACCGAACAUAACCGAUGCGGGUAACGCAACACAAGCCAAUGUUACAAGUCGCAAUGUCACGCAACUAAGCAUCACGGAUGCGGGUAACUCAACUCAAGCUAAUGUUACAAAUCACAAUGUAACGCAACCGAACAUCACCGAUGCGGGUAACGCAACUCAAGCAAAUGUUAUAAGUCACAAUGUCACGCAACCAAACAAAACGGAUGCGGGUAACGCAACACAAGCUAAUGUUUCAAAUCACAGUGUUAUGCACCCGAACAUGACGGGUAACUUUACACAGUCUAACAGUACCAGCUCAAUCCGUGUCAACCGUACUGAUCUGAUAGCCAUUAUAAAGAUUGGGGCAUCUGGUAACUACACCAUCAACACCUUGCCUCACCUUUUCUAUAAAAAAGAACUCGGCGAGAUGACUCUUGUCUUGCGCAGCCGUUCUUGUAAGGACGGGGCAUCACGCAUGCGCGAGUAUGUGUUUUACUACUUGUGCGCAGCGAUGCUGACCUUGGUCUGCGCAUGCUCCCAAAUGCUGUGCUGGAAUGUGGGCUCAGAAAGAGGCGCCCGCGAUCUAUGUAAAGAUGUGAUGGAGGUUGUAAAAAUUGAGGACAGCGGGGAAUACCCAGUGAGCAGACAUAUCGGUGAUGUAAACAGCCUGCUCCUCCAAGAUGGCUUGAACCUGAAGAACAGUAAAAAGGUGGAUGGUUUAUCUGGCGGUCUUGGAGGCGAGAUUGCGUUCGUUAUCCAGAGUGUUACUAGCUGUGGUUCUGGCUUUAUUGUCAGCCUUAUUCAGGAUUGGAAGCUAACGCUUAUCAUGAUGGCAGCGGCGCCGGCUCUGACUAUCAUUGGUGGUGUUGUUGUAAAGGUGCAGUCUUACGCUAAAAAGCAAAAGGAGGCUUUCCUUCAGCAAGUGUUACCGCUGACCGGACAGGGCUUGACGAACAUCACGAAUACAGUUACAGGCCUGGCUACCCAGUUCAUUGAGACAGAUGGUCUUGGUCACAAGCACACCAACAAGCUGGAUCGUCUGAGGAAUUUGGUUAUUAGCUUUGGCAGUGGCCUCGGGACGAUGGUUCUCUUCACUUUCCUUGGUCUUGGAUUUUCGUAUAGCACAACAUUGCUGUCGAGUGGACAAAUAAGCCCUGCUUCUUUACUCACAGUUUUCAUGGCCGUCAUUGGCGGUGGUAUGCACAUGGCGGGAGCAAUGGAUCAGAUUCAGGACAUAAGUUCAAUGAUGCAAUCCCUGACCAAGCUUACAGGCCAAACCCCCAAGAUAGGCGAGGGUAAAUGCGAAGCAUCCCCUCAUGUUGAAGCCAACAUAAAAGAAGAAGAAACUCAAAUAUCAAAUGAGUUUAAAUCGUUGUGUGGAGACAAACCGGUGAUAGGGUCGAUAGAUGAUUUGCGUCUAUUAAAAACAACAAAGGAAUAUUCGUCACUAUUGACGCCUGUUGCUUCCGAGAAAGUCAUAAACAUUGAAAAGCAGGUCACGAGGGAGUCGUUGGUGGGGAUGGUAAAACUCCGGGUUAAGGAUGUCCCCUUAUUGUUAGCGACUGGGUGUGGUGCCGCUCUUGCUGGUCUUGUUGCUCCAGGGUUCUCACUGAUCUUCACCCAAAUGCAAGAGUACAUGACCGAUCCGGACUUGGUGUCGUCCAAAGGUCCUUUCUUCACCUCCAUGAUUGUACUGCUCGGCUCUAUGGUGGCGUUUGGUGGAACACUCGAGAAGUACAUCUCGACAUUGUUGACUGAAAACUAUGACAAGCGCUUGAAGGAAAUGAUUUUAGCAAAGACGUUAGAGGGUGAUAACGCUAGCGCCAGAGCGUUUUAUGAAAUGGAGAGCAGCAUCAAAGCUGUCACCGAAAAGUCUCUAGCUAAGAGUCUUGGCCCUCAAGUGCAGUCUUGCGUAUCAGUGGCCUUGACCUUCUAUGUCGCUCUUAGCGCCGGAUGGAAGAUGACACUUGUUGCCUUGACAGGAUAUCCCAUAAUACACAUUGCCCGCUCAGUUCAACAGAAUCAAAGCAAGAAAAUCAUGGAGCCGGCAGUAAAGAGCCAGAUCGAUGGUGACACCACCUGGUCUAGCAUCACGAGUCUUCUUCCAGCUGACCUAGAAAGUACUGCAUCGCGGAGUUACAACCAAGCCCUGAAAGAAAUUCUUGGUAGCAGUCUAGCGUUCGCUGUCGCUAACUCCAUGGUGUUCGUCGUGUACGCACUUUCGCUCGAGUAUGGAAGCAGCCUGGUGCAGUCUGGGGAGAUGACGCCCAUAGAAGUCUUAAGUGUGCUGAUGACUAUUCUCUUUGGGUCAAAUGCUAAUAACGGGAGUCUCGGGCCAAGUCAUGCCCAGGCCAGCUCGACGAACACCGAUCAACAACAAGAAAUGUCCGUCUCCCUUGGUGUAAAUAAAAUAAGCCGAGCAGCGCGUCUUCCUUGAUAGAUGUGAAAGAAGUUAUGAAACCGACUGGCUAAACCGAACGGAUUUCUUGAUGUAAAUGACGUUACACUAACAGACUGGCUAAGAGUGUAUUUGCAUUUGUAUGAUGUGCAUAAACUCCUAGCCACUACAAUGGGUUCUAACGUAUUUAACCAAAAUUUUCCCAUCGAAAACAUCACCAGAACGGCCCAGAAAAUUUCUAAAUUCUUCUUCUUGAAGAAGAAGAAGAAUUUAGAAAUUAAAAUUUAAAAUAUUGCUCACACUGAUUUCGAGCCGUUGCGGUCACAUAACUGUUUAAACUAAGUCCGGAAGGCUGAAGUAUUUACUGACAUAAAAAACGUCCAUGGAAAACGUCGCUACAAAUGUUUCAAGGAUAGUGCACAAGGUUAGAUAUUCUACUGAGUCUGGCAAGGAAUUCUAAGAGAGACUAUACGGGGCAUUUUUUAGGAAGCGCACAAGAUUAGAUAUUCUACUGAGUCUGGCAAGGAAUUCUAAGAGAGACUAUACGGGGCAUUUUUUAGGAAGCGCACAAGAUUAGAUAUUCUACUGAGUCUGGCAAGGAAUUCUAAGAGAGACUAUACGGGGCAUUUUUUAGGAAGCGCACAAGAUUAGAUAUUCUACUGAGUCUGGCAAGGAAUUCUAAGAGAGACUAUACGGGGCAUUUUUUAGGAAGCGCACAAGAUUAGAUAUUCUACUGAGUCUGGCAAGGAAUUCUAAGAGAGACUAUACAGGGCAUUUUUUAGGAAGCGCAUUUUCCCUAGUGUACGUAUUCAUUUAUGUCAGAAAAUUAUGUGAUGAAAAAACUUUAACAAAAAUCCUAUAAAGGAAUUAUUCAACUAUGGCAAAAUCAACAGGAAGCCAAAUAUUUGCCAAGGAGAUAGAGUCAUUUAACGUUUGCACUAUUUAAUGGGCGGACACACCCUGGAUCUGUCACUGUAAACAAAUGUUUUUUUAACAAAUUAAAACCAAUUAAAGCUCUUCACGACUGCUGCCUGAA